UGUGUAUAUACAGUCAUGUACACCCUUGUUUCUUCAGUUCGAUUAUCCAUUUUAAUGACUGGUACAACUAAAGGUACCAGUUAAGCUGAUAUCUAGCAAGCCCCCACCUCUCGCCCGAAGUCAUCUGGGAUAGGCUCCAGCAUACCUGCAACCAUAGUGAGGAUAAGCGGCAUAGAAAACAGAUGAAUGGAUGGAUACCUAGCAACUUCCAUGGUUUUCUUGAUUAAUAACCAAAAUCACUUAAGUUCUUACAUAGCGAUAGCAUUGUACUGACAAAAAAAUGUAACUCUAAUGAGCAUUUUUUGUUUUCAUUGUUAUAUUUGUCAAAACAAAGGUACCUUUAGUUGUAUAGCUGUAAUGAACAAGAAACUGAAGAAACAAGGGUUGUAUAAUAAUUUUUUACAUGACUGUAUAUACUGUACAUGUGUUUGUGCAUGUAAAGAAUGUAAAUGAGAAGUGCUAUCAUACAGUGUGUCACAUUGUACAUAGUUGAUCAACUGUGGAAACCUGGAGUAAUAAUCAUAUGUUAACUGUGGCAUUCAAAAACGUAACUAUUAUCUGUCCCUUCAUUAAAAUGUAAUGUGUACAUUUGAUCAUAUAUUGCUUUUUAGCCAAAUUAUUAUCGAACAAAAAUGUUCGACAAGAGUUUGAGAGCAGCUGGGACGAGAGGGUUCUGUGUGGCGUAUUCCGGGGUGACGUCAAAGAAACCGUGUGAUGACACCGGAAGUUGUAGUUUUCUUCAAACCACGUGAUUCGUUGUAAACGGGAACGUAAAGAUGGUUGCCGCCGUAACUGAUUUAGUUCGCUUGGGAUUUUUUUCUAGUAUAUAUCCGAUGUUUAAAUUAAAAAACAUUCGGGAGUGCAUAUGUUUGUUUGCUGUCCUUUGUACUAUUCUACGCCUGUCAGUGGCAGAGGAUCAGGAGUUUAUGGAAGAGUUUUUAAAGCGGGAAUAUACACUGGCAAAUCCUUAUCAUGGGUUAGGUUUCUCAAGUUCUUCACCGUGGGAUCUGACAGGUACUGCCGUGGUGACACCUGACCACGUGAGGUUGACCGCAGACCAACCAGGCAGACAGGGAGCCGUCUGGAGUCGAAUUCCUUUGCAGUUACGUGACUGGGAACUAAAGGUACACUUUAAAAUCCACGGGCAGGCAAAGAAGAAUUUAAAUGGGGAUGGUCUUGCCUUCUGGUUAACCAAAGAGCGCAUGCAGAAUGGUCCUGUGUUUGGCAGCAGAAAUGAGUUCACUGGCCUUGGAAUCUUUGUAGACACUUAUCCCAACGCUGACAAAAAGCAUGAUGUGAGUAGGGUUUUCCCUUAUGUGUCAGUGAUGCUGGGGAAUGGAACUCUCUCUUAUGACCAUGAUAGUGAUGGACGACCCACUGAGCUCGGGGGCUGCUCAGCAAUGGUUCGCAAUGCCAGACAUGACACGUUUCUCCUAAUCAGAUACACUAAAAACAGACUGACGGUCAUGGUGGAUGUCGAUGGUAAACAGAUUUGGAAAGAUUGUGUUGACAUCAUAGGACUACGGAUGCCGAUAGGCUACUACCUUGGAGCUUCCUCAGCCACUGGAGAUCUGGCAGAUAACCAUGACCUCAUCUCCAUGAAGUUAUACCAGCUGACAGUAGAGAGAAGCCCAGAAGAACACCUGCUCAUCCCCAGAGUUGACAGCAUGGAGCAGUUCAAUGUGGAAAUCCAAGAGGAGGGGAUGAGUGGAGUCCAGCUCUUCUUCACCCUUCUCUUCACCAUACUGGGCCUGGGUGUGCUGGCAGUGGUGGGGGUCAUAGUUUAUGGCCGCUGGAAGGAAAACAAACGUAAACGCUUCUAUUGACUAUAGAGGAGUUGUGCCACACAGGUUUUGUGAGCGGAUGUUUGGUGGUGGACGCACAUCACAACAAGACAAAGACGAGCAUACAUUGCAAUUAACAAACAUGAGUCUGGAGUCACAGUCGUUAUUGGGCGAGAGUUAAACAAAAAAGAACAAGUGAUCUAGCUGUGAAAUCUAUUUUUGCUAGUCAUAAGGAGAUAAAGUAUGUCAUAUAUUGUCUUAUAAUUUUCUGCUUUAUGAUGUGUACCAGUAGAAAAAUAUAAGGCAAAAAGUCUAAAUGAAUCUCUGAAUCAAACAGAUGCUGUUGGAAUGUUCACAUUGUAAUUACCUCAUUUAUACCCUGUGUAGCAUUGUUUUACUGCAAGGAAAUUCCGCAUUUCUUUCCCUCCAGAAGCACUGACAUCUGUUUAUGCAACAAGACUUUAUUCUGGUUUAACUGCAUUUAAAUAUUUAGAGUUGCUCACUUUUAUAAUGUAUGCUCAUAAUUAGUGUUGAAAGUAGCGGUGUUAAAAACUAAAAAUAAAAAUGAUCAUAUUAGCCAGCCCCGUGCUCUGCUACUGAAGUGCUGAUCCGCAAAUGCCUUGUUAUGACACGCUAGGCAGCUAAUUUGAUGUAUUUUUACCCAUUUAUCAACACUAAACGACGAGUGUGCACAAAGCUUCAAAGUUCCAAAAGGCACCACAUACAGCGUACACUAAGUCCCCAACUAACGAACACAAUUGGUUCCAGACGACCGUUCUUAAGUCGAAUCGUUCUUAAGUUUGGGAAAAGGUAGUAUUACCAAUGAUAUAGGUACUACAUGUACGUGUAUACAAAUAUACAGUAUAUGUGUAUGUAUGUAAAUAUGAGUUUGAAUGCAGUAGUAAUAUUAAACGAGGAUAAUUAAUGAAAAAUACUAAUAAAAGUGAUAUAAUAAUACGUAAUGAUAAAUGUUAUUUACCUUUGAAGAGCAGUGGUCGACAAUAGGUCGUUGGUUGUAGUGGUGGAGCAGGAGAAGGAAUUAUUGAAGAAAGGACAAAUCUUCGUCGUCGUUAGACUCCUCUUUGUAAUGAUAGUGGAUGCCAUUGGUACAGAAGUCUUCACAUGUUCCAUAAUUCGAACUUUGCCUUUGUAAAUUGUUCCUAUGGUUGAGCGAUACACUCCAUAAGCAUGCGCACUACAUUAGCCAUUUUCUCGCCACCGUCCAACUUCCUGAUGAUGGCCACCUUCGUUUCCAUAGAAAUUGCUUGACGUUUCCUGCCACUACUACUAGCACUUGCACUCGAUUUAUCAGCCAUGAUAACGGAUAACAAACGUCUCUGUAAAGUAUCGAAUGGGGUACAAAUGGCGUGCUCCGAGAUGUUAUCAGCGACAAGUGCAGACGAACUGAGAAAGAUCGCGCGAGAGGGAUGCUGCUACCCACCAUUCGUAACGGCGGAAUGGCGCGCAAUACAAAAAUAGUGCCUUUGUAUUUCGAAAAAAUUUAAAUGACAAAAUAUGGCAAUUUUCGAAAAAAACAUGAAAAAAAUAGACCAGUCGGCUUGUGUUCGCACGUCGGAUGUUCGUUAGUAGGGGACUUAGUGUACAUCCAAAUUCCGCCAAAGCAGUCAAAAACUUGUAAGCCCUUUCAGCACAUGACAUCUACCUGUUGACCUGUUGCUAAUACACCCUGUAGCCUCAACGCCCUGUAAAGCACACACACAGCAUAUAUACACAAAUUUGGCUCCUACAAAGAUUGUUUUCUAGUAAUGGGUAAUGUAAUUAGUAUUUUAAAUGUUAUAAUGCGGUAAACCUUACCAACAGUGAAAUGUCUUCACUCAUCAUUGUUCACUACCACUACACAGGAAGCAAAAUAGCUAUUCAACAAGUGUUGUGAUUGCUCACUCAGGAAAACACUGCCUGCUAGCGUUUUGGUAGAGAAUUGAAAGUCACAAACUCAGCAUAAUCUCAUCUCUAACGUCUCAGCAGAACACCUCACCACAUGGGCUUUACUCAUGUGGCUGUUGAACCACCCCUGCACCACCAGGAAGUGUUUCUGCAUGCCAGCUUAACACAUCAAGUGUAUGUUAUGCACAAGGAAAUUUACACACAUUCAUUGUAGUCAGAUGUGGCCUUUCUGGAAAUUUAAUUCACAGCGUAUUUGAAUGCGUCUUCUUUAUACAUCUUUCCUUAUACAGUCAUCUCUCACUACACUAGAUUUGAAUUUCACAGCUUUACUUUUUUUAAAACAUAUUAAUCAUGGUGUUUCAUAGUUCAAUGCGUCCUAUUAUUAAAAAAAUAAAAGAAAACCGCAUAUUUAAACAAAUUUAACAAAGUAUUUUUUGUCUAAAUAAUGCCUUUUUAAGCAUAGAAACAGAUAAAUGAACUAAAAUACACAAAGAAUUAAGAAGACACAUCGAAAUUGUGAAUGUAGUAUUCUACACCAGGUGUCAGCAAUUGUUCGGUGAGACAAGCACCAGACUUAAUCGGUGGAACAAUAGGCCUUUAUUACAGGUUAUGUCUACUGUUGCCAUAAUCCAGCUAAAACUCAAACUCCGAACCCCUGACAUCACUUCUGUCAACAUGUCUGGAACACAUUUACUGCAACAUAUACGAGCAUGUGUAUGUCGUAAAUGGCUUGUCUACUAUCUUGGGUGAUAGGAAUGUAAAGGCUAUUAUAGCGGUGUUAUUGCAUACCUAGAAGGUUCUAAUAAUGGGAUAAAACGUAAUUAGAAGAUCGUAAACAGGUUUUAACAACAAAAACGUUUUAUUUAUGAAGAAUGAAUCCUACUUGCAAAAAUUCAAUUAUCACGGUCAGGUCUGGAUCCAAUUAACUGCGAUAAACAAGGGUUCACUGUUUAACUUUUGCAUCUCAUAGCACAUAGCUGGUGCGUUGGAGGACAGUCAGUGUGCAAAAAAAAUUAUUUGAAAGGAAUUCAUAAAAUAAUUAGUUUUUUAUUGCAAGUAAAGGUACUGAGCUGGGAACUAGAGGGGGGCGUUUCUGCAAGCUUUUUUACAAGAAACUCUGCCACCAAUGAAUGGAACAGAGUGUAGUACGCAACGGACCAGAAAGUCCGCCAUAAUCGUGAGCAAGAGAAGUGGGCGGGGCUAGGUGGCAAGAGUGUACAAUGUAUUCACUCGCUCUGAGCUGACAAAGUUAUAUGCUGACAAAAUGGAUUAUGUUAUUUACUGAACACAUUGAAUUUAUAUGUUUUUAUAUAAAUGUGUAAAAAUCCAUACUGCAGAAACCUGACCUACGUGUACAGUACUGUAGAUGUCAAUAAAAAUCUGAGCAGCAGUAUGAA